CGCUUGUUGGCAUCCUUCUCCGUCUGGAUCUCAAUGUCCAACUCCUUCAACCGCUUUCGAAACUUUUCUUCAUCGAUGCCGAUCUUUGGUUCUAGGAAUGCACCUGCUUCAGUCUGAUUUAGUGACAUUCUCUGGUCGACUAAUUGUUCCUGCACCUUGAGAACUACGGGUUUCUUCCCCAACAGCUGCGAGACAAUGCCCUGAGCAGAAUCUGUCGUUCCUUCAAAUCUCGUAGCGGAGGAACCUUUUCUUCUCAUUUCCCCCCAGUACUCGUCUCGCAGCUCACUGUCGCGAUCAUUGGCUUCCUCAAAAUCCACAACCUUCUGCAACAUCGUCGUUGCAAGCACAACGUGUGGUAAAGCCUCUUCCCCUACCAGUUUCUGAAAGAAAUCUAAGGUUCGGACUUCAGAGCCAGCCAUCCGAUUGUCGGUGAUUCUACGGAGGUAGAUUAUUCCUUUCAAGUUGAAACCAAUGAUGCAGAUUGCAGAGAGCUGUUCGCUGAUCUCCUUCAAAAUCAUCAAAACCAGGACAGUCCAUAAUCGCGAAUUCAGUAUUUCCGAUGUUGGUUGCGACGAUUUGACAAGUUUCUGUGCCUGGUGCGUAUUGUGAGUCUAUCUCUACUAUCGUGGGAAUUUACCUACAUGAAGCCAAAUUAUGUCCUUCAGCCAAGCCUUGCCCUGUGAGUUGGUUGAUGAAGUACGUUUUUCCGGCCCCAGUCAAUCCCAUGACCGACACCAGGUCCAUUCCAUGUCCUUCCCAUUCUUCUGUUGCCAUCUCGUCGAAUUUCCCGGGUCGUGUCUGAUGAAUGAACCUUCUUGUGUUAAGCGCACUUGGAAACGAAAAGGUUCUUCUCUGUGAAUCUUGCGGCACAGUUUAAGCAUAAUGUAAGCUUUCCACAUUGAGCCUCAUUCAUUUAUAAUCAAUUCCAGCUGACCACCCCCUUGUAGCAAGUUCAUGCGGCACGAUAAGCCAGGAUUUGUCGAUUCCGAACGAGGCUAGCGCUUACAGUAGAUCUGUUACAGUACAGCCAGCCAAAUUUCAACCCAGAAAGUUAUACAAAGCAAUUGAUUACCAGCACAACUAAAGUUCAUGCAAGAGAAAACUCAUAUAGAAUGUCGAAAAUUGCGGUUGAUAAUAUGACUUUUAAAGUUGUUCUUACGCUACCGGCUAAUUGGGAUCAUCCGGCUCAGGAGUUGACAAGACAGGCUGCUGAGAAAGCUGGAAUUAAGAAACCGCGAUUUCGGGGUCCUACUACGUUCAAAACUAUGUCUGAGCCGGAGGCUGCUGCUUUGGCCGCAUGGAAGGAGGCUUUAAUGAGAUGGAGACCGGAUUUAAAGGUAGCGCAUACUCAUGUUUGUGGGCGAUAUUAUCAAGUGCUAAUCAAUUCUUCUAGCUGGGUGAUAGUUUUGUGGUUUGUGAUGCUGGUGAUGGGACAGUGGUAAGUUCAGCACCUUUUAUUUUCCCCCCAAAAUGCUUUACUCUUUUCAUUCAGGAUUUAAUCAGCUAUACGGUAAAAUCUCUCGAGCCUGCACUCAAACUGGAGAUGUGCGUUGAAGCAACAGGUAGGCAUUGGAGUCAUCCAAGUACAGUACAUCUGCAUACUAAAUCUUGAUUUUAGGCGCCCUUUGUGGAGCGGUAUACCUAGAUGAACGAUUCGAAUCUCACAUCCCAACCGAAGUCGGGUCUUCAACGUACGACAAACUGAGUGAAGAGGUAAAGGCAAGGGUAUUCGAGAACGACUGGGAGUUCAGCGGGAAAAAGAAAUAUAAUGGCCAGGACACCGAGUUCCAUGUUGAUAUUCCGGGGUACAAACCGAAAAGACCGGGGUUUUUCGGGAAGAAACCUAGUAGCACGAUUAUACUCAAAGGGUUAGUGUCUACUUAUAAGCCACGAAUGCUUUCAGAGAACUCACUGUCGAUAGUGGUCAUAUGAACGCGAUAUUUCAGCCGGUCGUUGGGCAGGUGAUUGAUUUGGUUAGGACACAGGUUCAAGAAGUCCACGAGGAAACACAAAAUAGACCAAAGGUAAUGAGUUCCUUGUUCAUUUUGUGACCAUUGUGAACUGAUAGAUUGUGCAAGGCGGUUCUCCUGGUCGGAGGAUUUGGCGAGAACAACUACCUGCUCAAGCAAAUCCAAGCAACCUUCAAGGGCAUCGAUAUCCAGCGUCCAACAAACUCGUGAGUCCACCAGCAGCUCCAUACCAGGAAAUUUCUGACUGAAGUCCAUUUUAGUUGGAGUGUGAUAAGUCGCGGUGCAGUAAUCAAAGGCCUAAGUGUCUCGCCCGAAACCGAGACCGUGACAAACUUCAUUUCCAAGCUGAGUUACGGUGUAAAGCACAACUCGUAUUUCCGUCCCUAUUUCCACGAUGAGCGAGAUAAAUAUCGAUGUCCACUGAAAGGCGUCGACAUGGCUCGCGAUCAGUUUACCUGGUAUUUAAAACGUGUACGUACAAUCCAUAUAUACAUUCUCAUCAACGCAUGCUGAACCAUUACCACAGGGAACAAGUGUCAGCAAACUCGAUCCAGUCCGUUACCAAUGGCUAGUAAGCCUCCGCUCCAUCCACGAGCUCGAAAAAGUCCACGGCGAAGUCUGGAUCUCGGAUCAAAAGACUCCACCUACUCGAUUAGACUCAAGUACGUACCGUCUUACCCACCCUCCAUCCUCAUCACUGGCAUCCCCAACUAACGCGAAUUCACAGAUGCAAAAAGACUCUGUAAGAUUAAUUGUAACUUUGACUCCGGGAUUUUCUACGAUCUGGAGGAGAAACAAGUGGCGGAUUCGAUGGCUAAGUAUCGUGAGCUGAGUUAUACGCUUAAGAUGAAGGUUGCGGCUGGAGAGUUGGAGUGGAUUAUUUAUUGGCAGGAUCAGCAGAAGGGGGCUGCGCAGGUUAAUGUUGAAUAUGAAUGAAUAAUUG